GGAAUUUUGCUUUUCUCUUUCUCUACCCUUCUCUCCUUAGCUCACUGACCCAACUGCAGCUGCAAACCCAGCAUCAAGAACUACUGUUCCACCAUGUUUGGGUCCCUCUUGCCUACCUGUUUACUUCUUCACCUGGCAGUCUCUAUACCUCAGCCACCCUGCCGUCGAUGCUGUGACAGCAUCCAACGACUAGAUGAUGCUGGAACCCUUACAGAAAGCAUGCCUGCAAUGCCUGAAGUCCGCACAUACAUCAACAUGACCAUUCUCAAAGGGGACAAGGGUGACCGUGGAGAAAGAGGAACUCCUGGAAAGCCUGGGCUCGAGGGUUCUCUGGGACCACAAGGGGAUGAGGGUCCCAAAGGAGCUAAGGGACAAGCUGGACCUCCAGGUGACGCCUGCAAGUCCCAGCAUUCUGCUUUCUCUGUGGGCCGACGGAAGUCUCUUCACAGCGUUGACAACUAUCAGGCGUUGAUUUUUGACACCAUCUUCGUAAACUCCCCCGAACACUUCGACAUGUUUUCCGGGAAGUACCGUUGCCACAUACCGGGCAUUUACUACUUCAAUGUAAACAUCCACACAUGGAACUUUAAGGAGACGUACCUGCACAUCAUGCACAAUGACAGCGAGAAGGCGAUCAUUUAUGCUCAGCCGAGUGACCGCUCCAUCAUGCAGAGUCAGAGCGUGAUGUUGUCUCUGCAGGAGGGCGAUGAGGUUUGGGUCCGCCUCUACAAACGCGAGCGCGAGAACGCCAUAUAUAGCGACAAUGUGGAUAUUUACAUUACCUUUAAUGGAUACCUCAUCAAACCAGAAACUGAGUGAGAAACAUUGGCAGAAAGGAGGGAAAGGGAUGAUUUACUGACGUAAGAUUUGAAAACAGGCCAAAUAAUGCUUUAGCAGUUGGGCGACUUUUACUACAGACAAGAAGACUCUGAACAACUGAACACAAAACAAAAUAAUAAGCCAUAAAGGGAAUUAAAGGUGAAGUGUAUAAUUUCUGUACCACUAGUGUCACUGAAUGGAAUUGCAAGCAUAAUUACUGUUUUCAAAAAAGUCCCCUAAACACCCUCCACCCCACCAAUAUUGCCGUGUCGAGCUGAUUUGGGAUGCUCAAACAAACCAUGCCACCACAGUGUUUAGACGAGAGAGAGAAAAAAAAAAGUAUUAGUUGUAGAGCAAUGUCUAGAAUAAUUUUACUCUCAGUAUCUCAAUCUGGACAUAGAAAUAUUAAUUAAAAUCAACCAUGUGUCUGUUUUUAAUCAGUUGAGAGUUUGUUGGCAUAGCUGCAGGCCCUGAUCAAAAAAUACUUGCAGUGUGUGUGCUGUCUGGUUCUGUUUAUUGGGCAGAGGGGGGCUUUUUAUGUAUGUGGCUUUCCUUUUUCAGUAGCAAGAAUCCACUUGAGAGAGACUUAGAUGAUAGAAAUACAUAGAGAGAGGGAGUGAUAGCAAGAUUAAAUAUUUUCAAACCACAGGAGACUUAAAAUAUUCUUGAUUUAAAAAAAAUCUUUGAGUAAAGGAGACAUUUCAUUUUGUGUCUUAAUCUGUCUGUGCCACAGAAUCCGACUCUCAGGAAUUUAAAGAUUCCGAGACGAUAAUGCACAGAGUAAAAAUAAAAAUCUAACAGUAAACCUCGCUAAACAUCUGGUUGUUGCCAAAGAAUUCAGGUGCUAGAAGUUAAAUGUUUGUAUUUUCAACACAUUUUAACAGGUGCUAAAAAGGUACAUACUUGACUGAAAUAAGGUGUGGGAAUAUUUGUGUUUUCAAUUGAUGUACUUGAUGGAAUGUCUAGCAAACAGUAUUUUCACUGUUUCACAUAUUAAAUGGCACAAUAAAAGAUUAAUUCAA